AGGCUGGCUCACAGUGUUUACUGAACAGGGUGUGUCCUAGGUGUGGGCAAGCCCAGGGCUGGGUGCCUGCCAAGCCUAUGAGGACGGAACAUUGAUCUGUGGUUAAUUAAUGGACAGCAGAGAGGAUAGAGCCAACAGUGCAGGUCGAAGGAUCUUAAGGAACUCGGUUUCCUGCGUUCUGUUGGGGUUGCUCAGUCCUCUUUGGAGCCUAGGUCUAUAGUUGGCCCCCACCUCCAGGCUUACUGAGGUCCAUGCUCAGAGAAGGCCCCAUGUGCUCAGAAGUGUGUAGGCUGAGGAACUGGGCCGUGGCAAGCGGCAUUGGGGAAGAACCCUCACAAGGUCUCUUUGUGCAGCCCAGGCCCAUGGGGCUCCGGGCCUUCAGGGUCUUGGUCAGGAGCAUGGAACCUCUGCCAGGAUGGGAGUCUUCACCCUGGAACCAGGCCCCCACAGCCAACACCUUCAGGCUGGGGCUGUAUGUCUUCCUUUGGAACUUCCUGUCCUGUGUCGCUGCUGAGCCCUUAUGCAAAGAGGAGGAGUAUUCUGUGGGGGACCACUGCUGCCCCAUGUGCAUCCCAGGUUACCAUGUGAAGCAUGCCUGCAGUAAUUGGACAGGCAUAGUGUGUGCCCCCUGUCCCCCACAGACAUAUACUGCCCAUGCAAAUGGCCUGAGUGAAUGCCUGUCCUGCGGAAUCUGUGAUCCAGACAUGGGCCUAGUGACCUGGCGGGAGUGCUCCAGCCGGGAGGACACUGUGUGCCGCUGCAUCCCAGGCUACUUCUGUGAGACCCAGGAGGGAGACCACUGCACCACGUGCUUGCCACUCACCAACUGCUCCCUGGGACAGAGGGUACUGGAGAGAGGGUGUUGUCUACCACCUCAGCGCUCAGAGAAUUAUGUGCUGGAAGCUUCUGGAGCAGACAGAUCCAGGUCUCACCCCAGGGAAACCCAGCUUCCUGCCAACCUGAGCCCAGAGUUUUCUGCUUGUCUCUCUCUGACCCUCAGGUGCGAUGCGUGGUAUCUGAGAGAAGCAGAACAUGGGACCAGCAGCACAGACGUCACCUGCUCCUUCUCCGGGCUGUUCUACUUUGCUAUUUUUUGUCCCAUAUCUUUGGUCUUUAUUUUGGUGGUUGUCACAAUAGUUAUCUACGUUAGAAGAAAGACAUCACAUACCCGACCGGCGGCCAGGGAACUGGAGCCCUUGCAGAGGCAGAAACAACACAACACUGUGAAACUUCCCGUCGCCGAGGUUGGGCCUGCUGAGGAGGAGACAGCUUUCAACCGUGUGAGUUCUGGGUGAUGAGCACCUUGGAGACCCAGAUGGAAACUUCCAUACGCUGAGGAGCACGGCUGCUGCCCUGGGCUGCUCCAGCACUGCACUGCAGUGGAGAUGUGGUUUGGCUUAGAGUCGAGGAGUUGCUUUGCCCUCCUGUUUUCUUACUGUCAAAUGGGGUCCAGGAGCCUCUACAUUUUCCCAUCUUCUCCCAUGGGUCCCUCCAUCUAAACUCCUGGGAGGUGGUGACCCAAAACCUCCAGGAUCAACGACAGCUACCACUGACCCUACUGCCCAGCUAUUCCUGUCAGCUCACAGCAUCCAGCCUAAACCCUAGGCUGCUGCCUGCCCUGAAGAUGUUAGGCCUAGGCCUGAAGAGGUGAGCUCGUGAGCACGGCCUCCUGGGUCUGGGGAGCACUCCGUGAGACGCGAACCAGGAGAUUCAUUUAUUUUGAGGAUCUAGGGCUGCAAUCCCAGACCUUGCCCAUGCAAGGCUUUGCCACUGAGCUAUAUUCCCAGCUCUCUCUUCAUUUUUAUUUUGAGGCAGAAUUAUAUGAAAUUGUCUGGGAUCACUUUGGACUCAUUCUGUACCUCGGGCAUGCCUCAAACUUGACCUCUCUACCUCAGCCUUUCAAGUAACUGCGAUUACCUCUGUGGGCCUCCAGGCUGGGACAAGAUUCUUUUCUGUUCUUUUCUUCUCUUUCUGGUGUGUGUGUGUGUGUGUGUGUGUGUGUGUGUGUGUGUGUGUGUGUGUAUGCAGGCUAGAGGUCCUUUGUGUGAUAUUUCUUAGAAGCUAACUAUCUUGAGUCAGCCUGGGGCUCACAACUCAGCUAGACUAGUCUAGUCUGCCCUGAACCCAUCUCUGUCUCCUCAGUGCUGGGAGGAGAGGCACACAGCACUACACCAAACUUUUUACGUGGGUUCUGGGGAUGAACUUGGGUUCACGAAGUCACGUCCUUACGCUUGUGGGGCAGUUUAGUGACUGAACCAUUUCCUCGCCCUCAGAAUGAUUUUCUAAAUUACAUUUGUAUAUUCUCUUAUUUUUCUACUUGUUAUAAGAAAUAAAUAUUUUUGUUACGUG